AUGUCUGAAUCUAAUGAUUUAAAGACCGUGCAUGAAUUGAGUUCUCAACUGGAUACUAAGUUGAAGAUCACUGAUGCUAAGAGCUAUAACGAUGCAUUGGACCAAAUCAUGGGCAGAGCCGCCCCUGAAGAUGUUGUGAGUCAAUUAGGUGCUGAACAGGUGGAAAAGAUUAUUACAAGAUCCUAUCAGGACCACAGUGAGUCUAGAAAAUAUUUACACGAUCUUAUUUUGCAGGAUUUGCCCCGGGCAUUGGACACAUUUGAAGAGUUGUCAUCCCAGACAGUUUAUACACUAGCUGGUAGUUUCCCUGAUGCAGAGAGUACACUACCACUACUUUCAGAAAUUAGGAAAAGGGUUCAUUAUGGAGAGGAUCGUCAUGUCAAGUAUUUGCUAAGUUUGCUUUUCAAACUCUUAACAGAUUUCAAAUAUGAAUUUAAUCAAGUCAGUUUUUUAAUCAGAGAGUUAUGUGGGCGUACUAAGGAGGAGGAUGUGAAGUCUAUAAUGCUUUUGAUCUUCAGCCAAAUGGAGAAGCAGUAUCAGAAAAAAUUUAAUGACAAAUUGUUGGAUUUCAUAGAUGCUUUAGUCAUUGAAGCUGAAUCCGAUGUGGGUAACGAUUCCUUGUCAUUAAUUGUUGAAAUUUUGACUGAACUGUAUCCAGUACUGACAGCAUUGUGUUCAGAAAUAUUCUUGGGGAGCAAAUUAGCAGAACUAUUCCAAAAAAGAGUUCUUGAUGAAGCAGAUGUAGAAUUUACCAAAAGUUUGCUACGUCUCUUCUCCAUUGCAUGUAUUGAUGAAACUGUCAGAGUUCACAUUGCAGAGAAUUACAUUUCACUGUUGGAAAGAUCAUUAGCUUUAAAUGCUUUCAAGAUAUAUUCUGUGUUGGUUUUGAUCAAGACUUGGUCCUUUAGCAAAUUACAAAAUGUUAGCGUUACGAAUUUGGCUAGUAUUUUAGUAGACGGAUUUAUUGAUCAAAAGAACAAGAAUGAUGAUGAAAUAGCGGCAUGCAUAGAGGGGUUGGCAUAUUUGAGUUUGAAACCGGCGGUUAAAAAGAUUUUACGUUCUAAAGAAUUGUUUUGCAGUAAAAUUGUUGAACUCAUUAAUGCAAAAUUGAAGGAUUCUAAUUCUUACGGUGCACUGGUUAUUCUAGCCAAUUUGAGUACUCAUCCUCAAGAUUAUAACGCUAGCGGCAAUUUUGAUUCCAAGUCGAUUAGAGACUUGAAAACGUAUUAUGAGUUAAAGAACCCGACUUCUGAAGAAAAAGAAGCCAAUAUGGAGACAAAAGAAGAAGUGGUCAAUUUUAAUACAAACUACGUAUUGAAUAAAGAGGUGAUUUCCACAGCGAAAACAGAAUUUGCGUCUUCGAGCCAGGGCUCCAGGCAGCAAUUUGUUCGUAUCAUUUACAAUGUGACUCGUGAUCGUCCAAGUAUUUCCAAAUGUAUCGGUCAAGGGGGCACCACACUGAUACUAGAAUAUUUACUCAAUGAUCACGAUAAAACGGAUGUAAUCAGAAUAUUGGCUUCAAGAGCAUUGACGAAGAUGUUAAUUUUUACCGACCCCACACUAAUUUUUACUAAAUAUUCGCCAGUGAAUGCCAUUGGACCACUUUUUGAUUUGUUGCCCAAAUUACCCGCUGAGUCACAACAAGUCUUUGAAACCAAGGAGGAUCACAUUAGCACAACUGACAGUUACGAGGCACUAUUAGCUCUCACCAAUUUAGCGUCUUUUAGUGCCUCCGAAGGUGAAGAUGUUUGUAAACGUAUUGCAACCGUGGACAAAUACUGGACUGUAGUGGAGAAUUUGAUGCUGGAUGAGAACAUCCUUUUACAAAGGUCCACGCUUGAACUCAUCAGUAAUUUGAUGUCACAUCCUUUGCCCAUAGCAGCUAAAUUUUUCAAUUUCGAUAACCCUAGAAGUGUCAAGAAUUUUGAUGUUCUAGUCAAACUAUUACAGUUGAACGAUGUCAAUUCGCAAAGGGCUGUAGCUGCUAUAUUUGCCAAUAUUACAAAUACGAUUCCCUUCAUUGCACAAGAUCUAUUGACUAAGAAAGAACUUAUCGACAAGGCAGUGGAGGUCCUUGUGAACCAAUUAGGCGACGCAGAAUUAAGACAAAGGUUAAUCAUUCUCUUUUACUCCUUGGUGGAAAUGAUCCCUCAGGAAAAUCCCGAACAAGGAUCAUUACUCAUAGGUAACAAGCCUCUGAUUGGCGUAUUGUCCAAGGCAGCUAAAAUACCUGACAUGGAUCCAGAUAUUGCCGAGGUUAUACCCAUUAUAUUGGCCUCAAUCGGAUCCCCAGCUUGA